GAUACAUAUUUGGCACAGGUGUCAUCUGCAUUAACAAUAGAAGAACAAUCAUAUCUCUAGUUGAGUCGAUCUUUCAGAAAAGAUGGCUGUGAUGCUAGUCAAGCUGUUGGUGAUGAUAUUGCUAUGCUCUGCUUCUGCACAAGCUCAAGCUCUCAGAUGCCGCACAAAUGAGUACAUUAUCUCCCGCAAUGAAGUGAUCACACCCCCAGACAUAGUGGAGGCCUCCCAUGAAACUCCCAUUGUCUUAGACUCACCUGCUGAAAAGGUGCUCUAUUUUGGCUACAAUGGCGAGGACCUGUACACAUGGUGUAGUGAUACAGAUGAUGACGAUCCCUACGUCAUUAUACGCUUUAGUCAGCCUGUCUUCAUAACAAGCUUUCUAUCUAGUGGAAGCACAUAUUUUAUAUUUGAUACACUAGACACGUUCUAUGUAACCAACUUCACCAUGGAGUAUACCAACACCAGUGGAGAUGGGGACUUUAUCCACUACACAACAUUUGGUGGUCACAGAAAGUAUUUCAAUCAAACUGAGCCAGUAGCCUUGUUCCGACUGGGUAGACCAAUAGUGACGGACGCCAUUCGCUUCAGGCCCAUACAAUGGUCCGAUGACAGUGGAAGACAGGUGUUCCAUUACAUUUGUCUCGGAGUGGCGCUCUUUGGCUGUACAGAGGAAGAAGCAGUGGAGGAUGUAACAAAUGAACCGAUCACUAUGGCAACGACUAGCAGUGAAGCUACAGCUAGCGACACAGGGGGUAUAAUUGAUGGCAGCACAGGGGAUACAACUGAUGUGGGGGGUAUGGCAACAGCACAGCCGGUUGUCUUGAGGGACUAUCAGGCAUUGGAGAUAGCUCUGCCUAUUGGAAUAAUCACCAUCAUAAUCGUCAUAACGACAGUAGCGAUAGGGGUGCUCCUGUGUGUCAUUAGGGGGCAGAGCCAGCACAAAUAUGAUGUACCUCAGAGCACCCCCCUCAAUCCCACCUCAUGUAUACUAGACAACUCAGCUCUCUACAAUAUUCCACGUCCAAUAGAUGACGAGACGAUAAAGAUUGUGAAUAAUGAGCUGUACGGCCAGGAUUCAAGAAGUAACAGUCUGAGUGCGGAGGCUAGCAACCUGGAAGUGAUCUACUCUGAUGAUAAUCACUACGAGUUCAUUGCAGAGCAGCCUACUAGCAAGGUCAAGGAGGGUGACACUGACAGCAUGUGCGGUAACUCAGCCUACGAGCUGGCUGACCAAGGUGAGGGGGUGGAUUUCAAACUCACAAGAAACGAUAGCUAUGAGGUCGCCGGUGCACAUGUGGACAAUUUGUGCGAGGAGACUACACACUAGAAUGAAUGAUAAUGAGCACUUGAAAACUAUAUAAUUAUAUAGGAGUUAAAUAGGUAGUUCUAUAGUAGGACAUACGAUAUAUACUG